AUGGCUGACCAACCCUCGAGUCGACAGGUCGAGGUCGUUGCUGGCUUGGUUGCUGGGUUUGCCACAACUCUUACUACACACCCGCUAGAUCUUAUCAAAAUACGAUUGCAACUUGCUGAAGGUCUGUCGUCGAAACCGUUUGAAUUGGUAUCGAGGGUGUACCAUGACAUCCAGAAGCUGGCCAAAGCUGGCUAUGAAGCCCACGGAAGGCGCUAUCCAAAGGUAUUGUACUCACUUCAGCAGUAUUAUAGAGGCGUGGGACCCAACUUGAUUGGCAAUGUGUCGGCAUGGGCUACAUAUUUCGGUCUUUACGCCGAGUUCAAAAAGAUGGUGGCAACUGAGAACUCACAAAACUACUUUGCCGCCUCGUCUUUGGCUGGAGUGUCCACUUCCCUUAUAACGAAUCCUAUAUGGGUGCUCAAAACGAGAAUUCUAAGCACACCAAAGUCGAAAACUUCCUACUCAUCGACCUGGGAUGGGAUACGGAAGAUAUACAAGAAUGAGGGGAUUCUCACCUUUUGGAAAGGCACCAUUCCUUCUUUAUUUUCCGUAUUUCAAGGGAGUCUCCAAUUCACCUUCUACGACCAUGCAAAAGAGUACUGUCAUAAACGGCAAGGUAAGGAACUCUCUAGUUACCAGUACGCGGCACUCUCAGUGAUGGCCAGAACAUUAAGCAUGAUCGUUGUGUACCCUACACAGGUGAUCAAAUCACGUCUUCAAAGCUACAACUUCGAGCACGAGUCGAGAACUAUGCUAUCUGUUGGGCGCCACGUUUUGAAAAACGGAGGGUUGCGUGGCUUCUACCGGGGGCUCAGUGCUAAUUUGAUAAGAGUGCUACCAUCCACAGCAGUCAUGUUUCUUUCCUACGAAACAACGAAGAAGUAUAUGUCACAAGGCAAUCUUUCAUGA